AGCCACAGCCACAGCCCGGGCGUCCCCCUCCAGCUCUGCGCGCGCGGAUUGGCUCAUUCGCUGGGGAACAUGGCCGUGGCCGUGGCCGCGCGAAAAUUCGCUCCACCUGCGGUAGUGGGCGUCGCGUGCGGCGCUGCCGCCCACACGUUUUUAUUCCCGUGGACGCGGAGGCCGCGAUCGGGAUGGGGAUGUUGCCUGGCGGGAAGGGAGUGGGGCUGCUGAGCACUUGAUCCGUUCCUUCUUGGCUGUGGCGCAAGUGGGCGACAGGUGCCUCCGCCGCCGCCGCCGCUCUUGCUUCUUCGCGAGGGUGUUCUUUUAAAGCCGCUGCGCUCGCGGUGGAGUCGUUCUGAUCUAAUCUAAUCUUGGUGGAGAAAUGAAGCCGGCGAUUGAUAAGAAGAUUCAAGUAAAUCUUUGAAGCUGAACUGUACUUGAAAGUUCCAAUCAUGUCAGACUGUGUUGCCAAAAGAUUUGGGAAGAAAGAAGAGUUUGCAAUCCUGUCAAGCCAAAGUGAUCUUGGAAAAUCAUCUUACCACAAGCAUUCCCCGUGGAUGUCACAUUGGACCAGAGCAAGCAUCAGUGCAGAACCUCAGUGUGGCAAUAGCUGUUGUCCUUUUGAGGAAAUUGGCGAUGUUGGCUAUUCAAAAGAUUGUGGGACUUUACCUUUUGAGCUUAUUAAAGCUAGAGUGGCUGAAAGGUUUAUGCUGGGAGUGAGCAAUGCAGGUGCCUCUGCAGGGGAUACACAGCAGUUUAAUUCUAAGAUGUGGGGUGUAACGCACAAUGUUUGCCAAGGAGUUGAAUGCAAGAAUGAUCAGGUUGAUAGAUCUUUUGAAAGUUCCAUGACGCAGAAAAAUGUGAACUUAUAUGCUGCUAACGCAGUGGUAUCAGAAAGAUUUUCUGUUCAUAAGCUUUCUGAUAUAUCUGUGAAUUCUCGUAAGGUUUUGAGCUCUGACAAUCUGAGUUCGGAGUGGAAUCACUUCCCUAUAUUUGAAAUCAACCAGAAGAUUGACGGUAUACUUAACCCAAGACGCUCUGCAGUUGGUACUUCACCUGAUAAGCCUUUUGUUCCACAGAAAGCUUUAAAGGUAAAGAUGUGUGCAUCUAAUGUGAUGACAUUUUCAUCGAAGGAAUAUCAGUUCCACUCGCAUCAAAUAACUGAUGAGAAUAUGAAUAACUGCAGAUCUGCAGUGGGCAUCCAAUCUCACGAAGAUAAUCAUAUUGGUCUCAAUUCUGAUCACGCAGGGAGAGAACUGAAAGGCCAUUUAUCAAUUGAAGAGUCGUGCUCUUGCAGCAAGAAUGAAACUAAUCCAUCAUGUUCAUUGACAGACAAGCGCUGUGCUAGCGUGAAAUUGAAGGACUUGUCUCAUUGGGCUAAUGAGAACAAGUUCAUGUUCUCAGCAAGCAGAAAAGAGAAUGAAAAUAUUGAAACUAAGAAAUUAGGACCAUCAGGAGGAUGCCAAAAGCAACAAGAUUUUGAGAGAGUAGCAUUUCAUGGGCCAGUGCUUGAUAGAGAAUAUGAGAUGAAACCAGUUAAUGCUUCUGCCCCCAGUAAAGGAAAUGCUGUGGAAACUGGUUGUCGUGCUAAUCUAUUACAACCUGAAGAGAAUGUGAAUACACACAGAGUAGAUUCUGCAAUGAAGUUGACAGAAUCCUGUGAGUUACCGGAUAAUAUUGAAAACACGCUGACAAUGAAGAGCAAGGGUGAGACACUGGCUGCUGGGAAACCACCAAAGGUUAAAUUGACAAGUAGCAAGCGAAAGCCCCCCUGCUUAUUCGAAAUGUUAACACUACCUUCCAAGUCACAAGCUACACGUUUCAAAGAUCCGACAUCUUCAGGUUUUGCUGCUACAUCAACACAAAAGCUUACAAAUGUUCCGCGGGACUCUGACAGUCCAAACAUGGCAAAAUCCGAGCAGAUAGCGCCUUCAUCAAUCAGAGGAGUAUCAAGCAGCAGUAGAGGAAAUGAAACUGUCAAUCUGAGUGCAGAAAAUCACAACUCCUCAAAAGCAACAUGUGCCAGUGAGCAAGAAUGGAGCAUGUCCAAAACAGCAAGCAUGAACCUAGAUCUAGUUUUUCAAAUAGGCAGAAUGGGAAAUCCAGUUUCCAGUGCUCUAAUUGAGUCACCAGCAUGUUCAGAGCCAAGUGACAAGUGGCUCAAACGCCUGCGACACAAUAUCUCAGAUGCUCAUUUCCUUUGUUCCAAGAGACCAAAGGUUGGAGAUGGCCCACAACCUGGCGAAACAUGUACCGUGUUUGGUCGAGAGAUUGAUUGUGACACACACAGUGCCAACAUGAUCAACCAUGUGAAGGAGGAUCAACUAAGGUAUGGAAGACUGAUGAACCAACAAAACCGAGAAGGCUCACCUAUUUCAGCAAAAAGUUUUAAUCGUUGGAUAGGAAGAUGGUGCCAAGGCGGCGCCCCUACUUUUCAUGGAACUUCAAAUGUAGAGAAACAAACCCCCAAGUCUAAUACGCCACCUAAUGAUCUUGAAAGUCAGUUUCCAAGCAUUGCUGCAAUGGCGAUGAUGGGGCGGGUAAUGAACAAGCUGCGGCCGUGUGAGCUUCAGAAAAGGGGUCCUUCGGUAGUCUGGAAGACACAUGGGUUAUGACUGACAUUUGAGAAGUGCGUCAUUUUCCGGUAAAUCAGUAAUGGGCCUAAGGCCGACUUCCCCUACUAUCCAGGCUUUCCAUCCAUCAUGGGGAUCUGUGCCAGGGAAAAGUGAUUUUAUUUUGUUCCUUUCUCAAGGAAAUCCGAAAAGGAAUUGAUGCAUAGGCUGAACAGUAUUUUAUGCUGACCUUUGUUAUGGUCAUUCGCUGUCUCCUGUCAGCAAAUAUAUACAGGCAUGUCGUGGCCUUUUUAUACGUGUCAUUAUCAUUUGUACGUGUGAGAGAGAGGAGAAUAUGUGGCCUUUCUUUUAUCGAUUAGUUCUGUUGCCUGCGGCCCUGCUUAAAUGCCUAGACUAUUUUUUGUCCUCCAAAAUUUCAGUCUCUUCACCUUACAUUUCGUUGAUUGUUGUAA